AUGUCAAGUCUCUGGUCAAUAAUAGGAGUCUCAUUUGCCUGCUUUUUUGGCACAAUUGGCUUCAUCUGGGUCAUCUGUGGCAGCUGGAAAGUGAAAUGGUUCCGCGACCUUGUGUCGAGUCUCUGCCCGCGAAAAUGCAAGUCCUUGACUUGGAGAGAUAUUCGAAGUGGCCGGCUGGUUCACAGCCACAAAUGCGGCAACUGCAAAAAAGCCCUUGAACAUGGAGCAAACAUGUUGCCUGUCCUCCAGCACCAUCCCUUGCCAAAAUGCUGGGAAGCAACGGUCGGCGAAGUUUUCAGCUCCACGACCUACACACGCGGCUCCAUAACCUUCAAUGAGACAUCAUUCCCUAGGAGUCUCGAUGCUCCUAAGCGUUACCUUUGCGUUGACGUCGAAGUGCUCCUUGCUUUCAUCUUCAUGGUCAUUCCUGAUGCUACCGAAGAGAUUGUCAUUAAGAGACUUCCGGGAAAGGUAUUCGACGGCUCGAUUGUGAAAUUAGAGGAGGAAGAGGGCAAUCUUAUAGCACAUGUCAAGGGCACACACAGGCGGUAUCUCACUUUUGAAGACUGCGAUGGCCUUGUUCGCAGUUACCCGCCCUGGUAUAGACGCACCGUCAAGCUCAAUUUUCCUGGUGCGAACCAGGAGAUGAACCAUCCAUGCUUCAACGACUCCAGCAAUGUGACCCGGGCCGGCUGGGUUAUUGCCGUUGCUGUGACUGAUGUUGAACCCGUACCGGCUUACCUCGACCGCCCGACGUUUGUGGAAGAGAUUGAACGUGGGAAAGUGCUGCUUAUGGGUUGCAGAAGGACUCUUAUUGUUCUAAAUCGACUCAAGGAAAUGCAAAUACAAGCUUCAAAUCUGAUGGCUGCCAUUGCCCAGGUUGAGUUACUGUUGGAUAAGGGCCCUAGCAUAGGCAGCUGUGUGCCAGAGCCCGCAGGUCAAGCAUUAUCAGCUAAUGAAUUUUGUCGUCUGGCGCGUGUCGCAACGGAGAUAUUCGAUACCAAACCUGUGGACCGUCUGAGCACCGACGCAGUGAAGGCCCUGGAAACAAACGCCGACUUGAUCGUAUAUUGGGCCAACCACGGCGUGCACAAGGUUCUCACUUACAGAAAGCAACCGGGAAGGGAAAUCGUUUGGGAUGAACGGCUCAGACCAGGCCGGAAGAUUUACUUGCAAGAUUGUCGACUUCCAAUGAACUGA